AUGCUCACCCUUUGUCUGGUGUUAGAUGGUAUGGUGGCACAUAUGGGCAUGUUGCUGUCAUUGCAGCUUAAUGGAUUUCGAAUUGAAAGUCAAUACAAUUAUGUCAAUUUAUUUAUUAACCUACAACAUUGUUUUAGGAAUGACUCAUUUAUAGCAAGAACAUUACUCACAGCUAUUGACCACAAAAGCCAUCUUUUCAGGCGAGCAGCUUUGAACAGGGAUGGAAAGAAGAAAUAUAACAAAGUGUACAGCAAGCGUUCAAAAAACUGGAGAGUGACGGCUGUACUAGAAGAGAAGACCUAUGACUUCUGGGCAGCUCUAACUUCUGGUAUCCUGCAGAGGAAGAUUGACGACAAGGAUAGUAAACUGAAAAAAGUAGAACUGUCAGCAGAGCUUCCGAAAAAUAUAUGUCAUUCGAUUGCUAUGCAGCCUGUCCUAGCUACGCAAGAAAUUGUUGAUUGGGCACUAUCCACAUUUGCAAAGCCUACAUGA